CGGCCAUUCGCCGCUUUGAUCUCAGGCAAUACCUACGCUCUAAUGGCCACCGGCUGGGUCUCACUGUUCCUGAUAUUGGCACAAUGCUUGACAGAAACAGCCGGUGUCGUCUGGUGUCGCUCCUCUUCAAAGCUUCACGCCCCGCCCCGCCGACGGACAGUCACUGCAGAGUAUGUACCUGCUCCACAUUUCCAACUGUGAUAAGGACACCUGGCACACAAUGCGACAUAUACCGUGGAUCGUGCUUGAAGCCUGAAGGAUGUACACGAUCAUCGGAGCAGAAGUCACCGUUUGUCGAGUGGUCCGGCGCUUCUUGAUCUUCAGGUCCAGUGUCGCGGCCAGCGUGCGCGCGGGAGAACACUUUAAAAGUUAUCGGAAGCUCCAACCUAACUAUAGACGCUCAGCGCCUGCCGCCUCGACACCUGAUGCCACGACGUCGCCUACGGCGUCCUUUCAAAUUGGUCAUGGUUAUAGGAGAGCACGGACAACAUAUAAUAUUCGAG